GCAUUUCUUGGUCGUCUGUCCCUUGAACCAGGCAGCCUGCCCGGGGCCGAGCAAUGGACAGGAUUUCGAAGCUGGUUUUGUGAGUCACUGUGAACUCAGCACCCGCCCACUUGAGGCCCAGUUUGAGUACUGAGCUCGUGCGAGCUGUAGGACCAGGUCCAGGUACUGGGGCUUUCUCCGUGGUCUUGUUCGCUCUCAGCCGUUGAGAACAGCCUUGAGUUGAGGAAAUUGUGGCCGGACAAAGAGCGAGGCAGUUCUGCUCCCCGUCGCCUGGCUGGCGGCUGCUAAGCCUGUGCACCUGCAGCGCGUCUGGCGGGAGAGGAGCGCCCGGUCCUCUGGGGAUGUUGGGGCAGGCUCUCGCCCUCACCCUCCUCCUGCUCCUCCAGGGGCAUCGGGGCCAAGGUUCUGCUGAACGUGUGGUUGGACUCUCAGGACAGCAACUCUUCUUACAGCCCCUCGGGGUGCCGACAAAGCACAUAAACUCUGCUCAAUGGAAGGUGAAGUGGUACUUAGCUUCGGAAUUUUCCGUGAUACUGACUUGGAAGAAUGGGUCUGAUGUCAAAUACGUACCGCAGACUAGUAAUCAUUUCGACAGUAAACUCAGUUUUACAACCGAGAACUUAGCGCUUCUCAUCAAGGCAGUUCGGCUGAACCACAGUGGCUGCUACAACCUGGAGGUGACUGAUGAGAAUGGGAAGGUGGAUAAUCACUACUUCCAGGUUUCUAUAUUUGAUCAUAUAGAGAUGCCCCAAAUACUGAAGGAGUGGAGGGUCCUGGAAGGAGAUACAUGUCAACUGUUUCUGUCCUGCUCGGUCUCGAGCAGUGGUAACGUGAGCUAUGCUUGGUAUAGAGGGAGUGAGCUGAUCCAGACAGAAAUGAAUCUCACCAGAUCAGAAGAGCAGGUUGUCAAUGACUCAUACAUAUAUACCUGCAACGUCAGCAAUCCAGUCAGCUCGGCAAACCACACCCUCAGACUCACCCAGGGCUGUCCGACUGCCAGCAAGCAAGACAACUUCGUGUACUUUCUGGUGAUCGUCGGCAUUUGUCUACUCAUACUGUUCCUGGUCACCCUCACCUGCUUCUGUGUGUGGAGGAGGAAGAAGCGGCAGUCAGCGGCCUGCCGGGGAGAGCCUCUGACGGUUUAUGAAGAUGUCAACCACGUGCAGAUGGGGAGGAAUCAAGAGCAGAACCAGAAUCCGCCCGGGGAAGGGAGCACCAUCUACUCUGUGAUCCAGUCCCAGUCUUCUGCUCCUACAUCACAAGAAAACAAUACGUUGUAUGCAUUGGUACAGCCUUCCCGGAAGUCUGAAUCUAAGAAGAACCAGAGCUCUUCCUUCAGUCAUACUAUCUAUGAAGAGGUUGGAAAGAGACAACUCAACGCCCAGAACCCUGCCCGGUUGAGCCGCAAGGAGCUGGAGAACUUUCGCAUAUAUUCCUAAUUGCUGCAGCUGUUCCCUCUCUCACAUCCCAGCAUUGCUUGGGGGAAUCAGCGCAAUGGAUGAUACCACAGGAGUCUACAGAAUGGGGCGCAGUCCAGAGAGGAUACGGGAGUUUGUUUAUAGUCUGUAUCUUGUUUUGAAAGUGAUUUCUAAUAAGAGCAGGACUGUUAAAUAAUAUCUCUCAACUUACAGACUGGACAAGAACGGGUAGACAGGUUGGGUAGUUCUUAAAAGACCGCAAAGCAAAUCCAAAGCCGCACAGCAAGUUUAUCAAGUGCUAUGCAAAUGCAGGGUGCUGUUAUUAUUAGCAUCAAGAUCCCUUCCCCUGGUUUUCUAACGUGUUACUCAUCUUUCCUCCUCUCUAAUCUGGAAUGACCAUAUUUCUAGACCCUCCCCUUGCCCAGGCCCAUCUUCCAAAGAGGGAGGAAAGAUAAUGGUGACUCAGAGCAAGAGAAACAGCUCCCCUCUGUGAGGAUGGACUAACUAGCUACAAGCUGCUGGCAGUUCUCCAUGGAGGAGGCUGGGGUUUUACUCAAAUAUAGGGGAAAAACUUCCCCCCACAUAUUAAACCUUUACCUCUGGCCACUUGGUCACAGCGGAGAGUGGGCAGGAGUGAGAGUAGAUGGCGCAAAGCAAGCUGACCUCUGAAUGGAAAAAUCACCCCGAGCCCAUGCCGUCCUGAUAAUGGGACAGUGAGACCAGCUUUGUCUCCGGUAUGAGGUUUGAUUUACAAGAACUCAUCGUUAGAAAUCUAUUUUAGCUUCUUCGCAAAUUCUUCACAAUUAGAAACCAUAUUCUAUUUAAGUUCUAAGCCCUGAUGAGUGCUCCCCAUGGCAUAUGCUGGAGGAAGGGCUCAGCUGGCUGAGCAGCUGGGAACUAGACAGUCUGCUGGGCUCCCCUGAGUCCUCAGGCCAGACUUCUGCAAGGCUGUGGUGACCGGGGCUGAGACUCUGGCUGGGCCCAGGAAGGCGAUGAGUGUGAACUGGAAGAGGUCCUACUCAGAGACCCCGAGCAGUGGCUAUUGCAUGGAGCCUGCUUCUUCAAUUGCCCCACUCUGUAUUUAACAUAGGAGUUUAAUAUAAAACUAAUAUAAAAUGGUUAUUCAAAGGCAAUUGAAAUUUCUUUUCUGAGUUAAAUUUAUGUGCCCCUUCCAUAUUCUUUACUUUACCUCUCUGUAGUAACCGAAGGGCACUUGUGCCCAUCAAUAAACCCAUGUCUUUAACCUA